GGGUCUUGCAUAUAUAAAGUCGGCAGCACACGUCUCUAUCAAAAGCAUGCCGCCCCGAAUAUCAGCACGCAGCAGCCCGGCCAACUUCGUCUGCGUCCAAUGCCGCAAAGCCUUAUUGUCGCCCAAGCGAAGACGACUCGCGUCAACCACAUCCUCGCCUGAAAUCUAUGAUGUCGUAACUGUAGGCGGCGGUCCAGCUGGUCUGGCUCUGCUUGCAGCUUUGAAAUCAUCACCAAUAACAUUGCACCUGAAAACAGCGCUGAUCGAAGCUCAAGAUCUGUCCAAACUUCGCCAAUGGACUUCUCCCGAAGAUCAAUUCUCCAAUCGUGCAAGCAGCCUGACCCCAUCAUCAGUUUCAUUCCUCGAGACAACAGGGACAUGGCCGCACAUUGACCAAUCUCGUGUCCAGGCCUACGACGAAAUGCAAGUCUGGGACGCCGCCAACGACAGCUCCCUUCAAUUCGACUGGAAAGCCGAAGCUCAAAAGUACAACGCGCCACCGCAGACCAUCGCAACUAUGACCGAAAACGCCAAUCUGACAAAAGGUCUACUCGAACGUAUCGCGGAGCUCGGCGCGAAGUCCUCGCUUUUCUCCAGCACGAGCGUAUCAUCCAUCGUCAAUGGCGAAGACGACCCUAACCCUGAAGGCCUCAACUUGUCGUCCUGGCCGGUCCUAAAUCUGUCAUCGAAAACUACUUCGUCCUCAAGUACGAUUGCAGCGCGCCUGCUCGUCGGCGCCGACGGCUUCAACAGCCCUGUCCGCGCCUUCGCCGGCAUCGACGCCAAAGGUUGGGACUACAUCCGGCACGGCGUCGUCGCCACUCUGACCGUCCAACCCACCGACACCACUCCAGACACAUUCGACCUCUUCGCCGACGACCCUCUGCCCAACCGCGCAACAGCAUACCAGCGCUUCCUCCCAGCACUAGGCGGUCCCAUCGCUAUCCUCCCACUACCUCAAAAUCGCGCAUCACUUGUGUGGUCGACGACGCCCAGCAACGCCGCGUACAUCAAAUCACUGACUCCCAAGGCACAAAUCGCCAUGAUCAACGCAGCACUACGCCUCUCCCAGGCUGAUCUGAAGUACUUUCUCACCUUGCCCGCGGAUAGACCGGACGCGCACGAAAGCGAACUACAUUGGCGUCUGGCGCAUACUUCGCCGCCACCUACGGGUCGUGCACCACCUAUCGUCACCGGAGUGCAGGACGGAUCGGUUGCAAGCUUUCCCCUGCGCUUCCGCCAUGCCACGAGCCUGGUGGAGCCAAGGGUUGCGCUGAUCGGGGACGCUGCGCACACGAUACACCCUCUUGCCGGGCAGGGGUUGAACCUGGGACUCGCGGAUGCAAGGUCGCUGGCAGAGUGUAUUGCUUACAGCGUGAGUCAUGGUAUGGAUCUGGGCGAUAGUAUGGCUUUGGAGAGGUAUAGUCAGGAACGAUUUGGGAAGGGAUUGCUCAUGGCUGGUGGAGUGGACGCGUUGAAUUCGCUUUAUCAGUUUGGCAGUGGUGGGGACGGCAUGUUGGCAAGUUUGACGGGGCAGGUCAGAGGAUGGGGAAUGAAAGCUAUCAAUUCGGGACUUGUGCCUGGUCUGAAGGGGUUAAUCAUGAAGCAGGCUAGUUGAGAAAAUCUCCAGGAGUACACAAGAUGGCUCGCCCUGGAUUUAAAUACAA